AUGCAAAAUGGGCAGCCAGUUGCGUUUGCCUCCAGAGCAUUAUCACAAACUGAACAAAAUUAUGCGCAGAUUGAGAAGGAGUGCCUGGCAAUAGUCUUUGCUUGCUGCAGAUUCAACCAAUACUUGCAUGGUCAUGAUAAAAUCACUGUAGAAUCAGACCAUAAACCGUUGGUUCUGAUCUUCCACAAAUCAUUACAUUCAGCGCCAAAACGUUUGCAAAGAAUGUUGCUUCGUUUGCAAAAGUACGACUUGCAAAUUGAAUACUUACCAGGAUCCAAGAUGUACAUUGCUGAUAUGUUAAGCAGAGCGUAUGAGCAGACAGCAGGACUACAAGAAGACAAUACUCCAGAAUACCAAAUAUUUCAACUCGCGCAAGAGCAGAGCUUAUUUCAAGAAAUCGCUGAUAUAAAACAGGUAGAAUAUAUGCGCUUAUCUGAGGGAACUCACGAACAAGUCAAAUCCUGUACAUCAGCUGAUGCUUCAUUACAAACGCUCAUGAAUACAGUCAUGACUGGAUGGCCAGAUUCACGCGAGGAAAUCCCAGUUUGUAUCCGUGAAUACUGGAACUUUAGGGAUGAACUAACUGCUCAGGAUGGUGUUCUAUACAAGGGUAUGAAAGUCAUAAUACCAUUUUCAAUGCGACCACAGAUGAUCGCAAGAGCACAUACCAGCCAUUUAGGACCAGAUGCUUGUGUUCGAAGAGCACGAGAUGUCCUAUUUUGGCCAGGCAUGAUAGGGGAAAUCACAGAGAAAGUAAAGUCGUGUAGUACUUGUAAUGACUUUUUGGCCAAACAACAGAAAGCGCCAUUAAUGACACACAGCAUUCCGAAUACACCUUGGUCCAAAGUUGGACAAGAUUUAUUCAUGAUUUACGGAGAAAACUACUUGGUUACUGUAGAUUACUAUAGUGACUAUUUUGAGAUAGAUCACCUUGAAGACACCACGUCAUCAACAAUUAUCGAUGCGACAAAGUCUCAUUUCGCAAGACACGGAAUCGCUGACAUGAUGACAGAUAAUGGUCCGCAGUAUACCAGCGAUGAAUUCUCUGCUUUCGUACAUAAAUGGGAAUUCAAACAUACAACCAAUUCUCCACUGCACAGCCAAAGUAACGACAAAGCUGAGUCUGCAGUCAAAAUUGCAAAGAAGCUAAUCAAAAAGGCUAAACGAAACAACAGAGAUAUACAAUUAGCUUUACUCGAAUGGAGAAAUACCCCCGAUGUGAAUGGUUCAAGCCCAGUACAGAAACUGUUGUCCAGAAGAACUAGAACCAGAAUUCCUACAGCUGAAGCUUUACUUAAACCACAAAUAGUAGACGGGGUUCCAGAAAAUAUCAAAAUCAAAAGGCAAAAGGCAAAGGCAGUUUAUGACAAACACGCUAAACCUUUACCAGAGCUAGUUAUAGGCGACUCAAUAAGAUUACAACCACUGAGGCCUAAACAGACAUGGAAACGAGGCUCAUGUGUGGCAAAGGUUGGUCCACGUUCCUACUUAAUUGAAUCAGACGAUGGUCAGUUAUACAGAAGAAACCGGAAAUUCAUACGCUUAGAUCAGAGUGACAAGAAACCACCACUACAAAGUGAGAUUUCACCUGAGCCAGUACAAAUAGAGCCACCUUCAGUGUCAGUCAUCGAUCCAAACAAUCCGUCACAGCAAACAGAAUCUACAACUAUACAAUGCUCACCAGUUAAACAAACAACUACACGCAGUGGUAGACAAAGUAAGAUCCCGAAUCGUUACAAAGAUUAUGUCAUGAACAUGUAG